GAUUUAUGUACACGCGCUAUCAAUUUAAAGGAAUGUGGUUACGUGUCUUGUAUGAGGUUUUAGUUUGAAGUAUAUUAUAAUAACAUAAAGUCACAUUUGUCAUGGAAACUAAUAGAUGUGAUCCGUGCCAAAUCAGAAGAAAACUAUCAAAAGGAGUCGAGUAUUGCAAAACUUGCCAGGAAACAUUAUGUGAAGAAUGUGCAGAUGUACAUAAAAGCAGUAAAGCAACAAAAUUUCAUUUUCUAGUGAAUAUUAAGGACUUGAAUGUCACUUCAACAACUGAGCGUAAGUUGGGAAAGCUUCAAAAAUGCCGUUCCCAUCCUGAAAAAAAUGUCGAGUUUUUUUGCAAGAAGCAUAAUUACUUAAUAUGCAGUAAUUGUUUACUUCAACACCGAAUGGUUGACUGUUGUAACGUUAUUGAAAUAGACGUUGCAGGUGAAGCAAUCAUUAAGAGUGGGUUUAUAGAGAAAGUUAAAUCUGAUUUACACGCAAUGAAAUAUCAGCUUGAGCACGAUACACAGAGAAUAAAAAUUCAACUGACAGAUUCAAGAAAAGCAAACAUGGAAAUAAAAGAAACGUUUAGGAAAACAAAAGCUGCAAUAAUAAAGCUUUUUGAACAAUUGGAAAACGAUAUUCUGAACAGCAAUACCUUCGAUGAAGAACAAGAAAAUGGACAGCUGGAAAAUCUUCAAAAAGGAAUCAUUCAAAUGAUUGCUGACAUUAAUGAUGCCGAAGUAGCUCUUGAAAAAACAAUCUGUAAUGGAUCAACAUCUGAUGUGUUCAAAUGCAUUAUGCAAAUUGGACAUUUUCUUGAUGUGUGCGUGAUAAAAAACCAAAACAUGAAAGAACCAAUAUGGACGAGUCAGAACUCGGUUAAAAUAGCAACUGCAUUGCAAUUACUUUUAAAUCAAAAUAUAAAAAUGGUCGAGCGACGUCAAAUUCGAACCAAGUUUGUCCUAUCUGAAUUUUCUCCGCUCAAAACAACAUUUACAGAAUUACUCGAAAUAACAGCAAAUUAUAAUUUACAUGAAGUUAAUGAUUAUAACUGUCAAACCGGAGUUACUGCAAUUCUAAAAACUCAGUGUCCAACUCCGUCCAAAUUAUCUUUAUUGCAGUCGUCUCAGUUAUCCGAACAUAAAAAUAAUCGAGAUAACACUAAAGACGUCGACGCUGCGCAAUUUCACAAAGACACAAAAUCUUAUGGUGGUAUUAAAAAUGUCGAAUCUAAAGAAGUGAGUACAUGCAUACCACUUUUAAAAAAGAAAAUGUCUGAAAAUGAAAAAGGGUCUAUUGAAACUGUGAACGUUGAUAUCCAAAAGGCCCCUAUUCGAUUUGAAAACGUUAAUGUUCCCGAGGAAAAGAAAAUGGACAAGUGUAAAGAUACACUUAAAGGAAAAUAUCCUUAUGACGAAACAUGUACAAAGAAAGAAAAAGCGGUGAUGCAUGAUCAUACAAGAACACGCAAGGAUAUUCUGUAUAGUGACAAUGCAGCAACUGAUAUCGACGCUGUGAAUAACUCAAUGAAUUCUGUUACAACCGUGUGCAAUGAAGAGAUAAAAAAUGUUGAAGAUGAUAAAAACAAAGAAGGGGACAACAUUGACAAAAGACUAGAAAGAGACACGAAUGUAAUGUUGGAGAUUGAUGUACAAGAAAGUGACCACCCUGGGACAUUUAAAAUACCUGGAACUAAAUUAUCUAAAGCCAAAUUUAGCAUAACAAAUGAAUCCAACAUUAAAUUACCAUUGCCAGAUACAAAAAUAGGUGAUAUAUCAAUACUGGUAACAUCGAGUGAUAAUAUCAUAGUCUGUGACUAUCAUAAUGAUAAACUAAUGAUAUUUGAUGUGGUUCAACAAAAGAUAAAAGACAUGUUUGAGUUUCCGGCAAACAUGAUAAACAUAGAUCUUUUAAAAGAUCAAACUAUUGCCGUUUGUCAUGAAAAUUCAGCGCAUAUAACCAUGAUUGCUUUCAAUACGUCUUUUAAAAUAAUAGGAGUCAUUGAAACUGAGUAUAAAGCAAAGUGUGUGCAGUCAGUUGACGAUACAAAUAUGUUAGUUUCUAUGCGUGAUUCUACCGGUCGUUGGCAUUUACAUAUAUUAUCUAAUGCUGGCCAAUUGAUAGAAAAACUAAAUUUGAACAGAUCAAUUUUAGACUGUAAAAGCCUAGCUGUUCUUUCUUCCAAUGAGUUCAGAUUCGGUUAUAGAAUUUUACAGUGUUGCUUAACAGCGAAUUCUUUGUUCUGUUAUGAAAAGGAUGGGAAAGAUAUCUUCAAAUUAAAAUUGAAGUCCCCUGAUUGUGUUGCUGUUCAUGACUCUGGUUUCAUUUUUGUAACACAGAGACAAGGCUGCAUCCAUGUUCUUUCUUCAUCGGGACAGAAACUUUACGAAACAAAGUGUUGCAGUGAUGUUACAAGCAUUGCGAUCACUUCAUCUAUGGACAAAAUUUUACUAACUAGAUCAAAAGACAAAAGUGUUACGGUGCUAUCUGUUGAUGUGAAUAUUUAGAAUAUGUAUUAACUUGCAAAUUUAACAAAAAGUAUCUGUUUUUGUUUGUACAUAAUACCUUUACUUAUACACGUAUUUAAAAGUCAAAAUACCUUGAUCAUAAACUUGGUAAUAAUGUUAAAAAAUAAAUUGAAAUUGA